AUGGCGACACCUUUCAACCAGGUUGUUGCUGGCUUCAGUCUAACGAACCGAUGGCUUCUCUACACCAGCUUCAUGCUCUCACCAGCGCAGUUUAUUUCCGGUAUCGGCAGCAACCUCCCUACUAACAUUGGCUUCCUUGCUUACAACUGGUACACUCAGAUCCAAUGGUACCGAGCAGUUAGGGAUAAGGAGCUACACGCGUUGUCGUUGCUACCCGUUCACUUCAAUCUGAUUUAUGCCGUUACGUACAUUGGUGGCGUGACUUCCGGCAACCUCUUCAUGGCAAUCAUCCUUGGUGCUGGGUCGGCAGGUGUUCUUAUACUUAAUACAGUCUCUGCGUGGGUUAGCUGGUCAACAAACCAACCAGAAGGCUUCGACGAAUACCAAUUUUUCUUCUUUGGCUGGCGCAUUCUGACAGGAGGCUGGCACAAAUUCAUCCUUGUUUGGCAGAUUGGUGAUUCGAUAUUCACAUGCGCGAGCGUCCUCAUAGCCAUCUACGCGGCGAUACAAUCGGUGUUCAUGGACGACGAUGAAUCUGCUUCGACAUUUAUUCCGUGGCGAGGCAAGUCAACCAACGACAUUUCCAAAUACAAGUAUCCUGUCAUUCUGGUCGGUGCGGCAGUCAUGAUGGUUGGGGGGUGGCCACUCAUCCUGUGGACGGAACUGAUUGUGCAACGGAACCAUAUUGAGUCUGAUACUGACAUGGUGGCCGUGUGGCUGUUCGUUGUUCAAGUUGUUGCCAUGAUAUUGCCGAGCGUUGACAGCGUUUGGGCAUUUAUAUGGUGUGCUUGGAGGCGCAAAAAAUGA